AUGUGCUAUUUCAUUUACUUAGACAUUGAUAAGAGCUGGAUUACAAAGCCACGAGGUAGUGUAGAAUAUAGGGAUGGACUGAAUAUAUUCCUAGACUUCGCAUUUGUCAAUGCAUCAUCCGAUGGGAUGAUACAUUGUCCAUGCCCUAUGUGUGGGUUCCGGUUUUUCCAGACUAGAGAAGAUGCAUACGAUCAUCUUCUGAUGAAACCAUUUCCCCCUAACUAUACCUUUUGGUUACAUCACGGUGAGAGGAUCGUAGACGAGAGGCCCAGCGGUAGGGAAGAACUAGAUCCCACUAUAAAUUCAGGAGAUCAAAUGUGUGACAUGAUCCACGACGCAUUCGAUUUGCCGGGACUGCAGAGUGAGGAUGAAGAUCCCAUGGAUGGGCAUGCUAGAGACGUUGCGGAUGGGUUGCCGUACUUAUCUGAUGAACCUAGUCAUGAGGCUCGUGCCUUUCAAGACUUGCUUAAGGACGGCGAGCAGGAAUUAUAUCCGGGAUGUUCAAGAUUCUCGAAGCUGUCUUUCCUGGUGAGGCUGUACCAUAUAAAGUGCAUGUGUGGAGUGAGCAACAAGGCUUUUGGAUUGAUUCUAGAGCUAUUAAGGGAUGCCUUUGAGCAUGCACAGAUUCCGAAGACCUUGCACGAUGCCAAGAGGAUCAUAAGGAAGUUGGGUAUUGAGUACAAGAAGAUAGAUGCAUGUCCGAAUGACUGCAUGCUAUACCAGGGUUCCGACCAUGACCUGUCUAGAUGUAAACGGUGUGGAGCAUCCAAGUGGAAGCAGAAGACCAGGAAGAAUUCUGUAGUAAGGAUCAACGUCAUUGUCAAGAAGAAUGGUAAACCUCAGGCGGCGAAAGUUCUUCGUUAUUUUCCUCUGAUUCCACGGUUGCAGCAGUUAUCCAUGUCUAGAAAGACAGCUGUGGACAUAUUGUGGCACAAGAGAGGCACCAACUCUGACGGUUUCUUGAGGCAUCCCAAAGACGGCGAGGGUUAG